AUGCCCCGCGACCCCUCCACCAACCGACCCUCGCGCUCCCGCUCCCGGCCCCCAGACAGCGGAGCCAACCGCGCCGGCCAGCGCUCCAGGCGCAAUUCUUCCUCGACCCCAGCGGCCCGGGUCCCGCCCACCGCCGAGGAAGCAGCAGCUGCCUUCCAACAAAAGCGCCGCGGGUCCCGCCGGCCGCCGAGUGCUUCGCGCACUCCGCGAACGCCAACUACCCCGGCUGCUGCGUACGGAGGAGGAGGAGGGGGAUAUCAGACGUCGGAUGAGGGCUCGGGGUCUGCUGCUCUGUCGGCCGAGGCAUUAGCACAGUUAAAUAAGGAGAAUGUAGGGCGCGGGGGAAGGGAAAGAGUGAGGGAACGGACGCGAGAGCGGACGAGAGAGGGCGGUGCGAGGGAUAGGACGAGGGAGCGAGACCGGGAAAGGGAACGGGAACGAGAGAGGGAUGUGGAGCGGGAAAGAGAGCUGCGUCGGGAACGGCGGCGUGAGCAGGACCGGGAGCGCCAGCGGCAAAGAGAUCGCAGUCGUGGGUAUGAGGUUGUGGGUGUUGCACCGGUGGAUGAAUAUCAUGGGCAGUAUGCGCAGUAUAGUGGGCUUGAAACCGGGAAAGGCGCGAAGAGGAGGGUGGUUAGCGGGCCGUUGCUAGAAGAGGGGGGUGGGGGAAGAGGAGGAGGAGGAAGGGGCAAUGGAAGAGGAGGCGGAAGAGGGGGAGGGGGGUGGAUGGGAUUGAGAGGUGGUGGAAGGGGGAGCGAUAACAGCACAGCAACAGGGAGUGAGGGGUUAUGGAAGGGGGGGAAGAGGCCGUGGUACAAGCAGAAGAAAAAGCUGUGGAUCCUCAUCGGCGUAUGUACCGUUCUGCUCAUCAUCAUUAUCAUCGUAGCAGCGGUGGUAGUGCCCAAUUCGCAGUCAGGCGAAGCAAAACGUGACGGCGGUCACGGCAGCGAUAGUGAGAGUAACGGCGAUAACAACGGCGGUCUCUCCUCGAUCUCCCCCGACAGCAUCCCCAAGGGCGCGCCCUCCUGGCUCAACCCUUUCGUCUGGCAAGACACAACCGACUUCAACCUCACAUACACCGCGGCAGCGGUCGGCGACCUGCCCCUGAUGGGCCUCGACACGAAUUGGGAUGACUCAGCGAAAGCGAACGACAAGGUACCGGCCCUAAACGAGGCGUGGGGGGAUUACGCUAAACGGCCCGCGAGGGGUGUUAACGUGGGUGGGUGGUUAUCGCUCGAGCCUUUCAUCACGCCGUCGCUCUUCGCGUAUGAUUCCCGACUGGGCAUCGUCGACGAGUAUACGCUGUGCAAGUACCUAGCCAAGCGAUGCGCCGGCGUGCUAGAGGAACACUACGCGACGUUCGUGACGGAGGACACGUUCAAGGAGAUUGCGGACGCCGGGCUGGACCAUGUGCGCAUCCCGUUCUCGUACUGGGCCGUAGAGACCUACGACGGGGACCCGUACCUGUUUCGGACCUCAUGGCGGUACCUACUGCGCGCCAUCGAGUGGUGUCGGCGGUACGGCCUGCGGGUGAACUUGGACUUGCACGGUGUGCCCGGCAGCCAGAACGGCUGGAACCACAGCGGCCAGCUCGGGGCUAUCGGCUGGCUUAACGGAACAGACGGGGCCGUCAACGCGAAGCGCUCGCUCGAAAUCCACGACCGCCUCUCGCAGUUCUUCGCCCAACCGCGCUACCGUAACAUCAUCAGCCACUACGGCCUGGCCAACGAGCCGCGCAUGACCUACCUGCAGUCCUCUGAAGUCCUACAGUGGACAACCGACGCGGCCAAUCUAGUGCGCAAGAACGGCGUAGCCGACGCAAUCAUCGUCUUCGGCGACGGUUUCCGCGGGCUAGGCAACUGGCAAGGCGAGCUGACAGGGCUCGACAACGCCGCGCUCGACGUGCACCAGUACGUCAUUUUCAACACCAACCAGAUCGUCUACAACCACACCGCCAAGAUCCAGUAUGCCUGCUCCGGCUGGACGAAGCAGACCGAGGAGAGCAUGGAUCGCGCCACGGGCUUCGGCCCGACCCUGGUCGCCGAGUGGUCCCAGGCCGACACCGACUGCGCGAAGCAUUUGACCAACGUCGGCUGGGGCAACCGCUGGACGGGGACGUAUAUCACGCCGGAUGGGGUCAACGCUGCGACAUCGCCGAGGUGUCCGACGCAGGACACCUCGUGUAGCUGUGCGCAAGCGAACGCACCGGCGAGCGAGUGGAGCAACGACUAUAAGCAGUUUCUCAAGAUGUUUGCGGAAGCGCAGAUGUAUAGCUUUGAGAAGGGAUGGGGGUGGUUUUAUUGGGUGUGGGAUACCGAGGAUGCACCGCAAUGGAGCUACAAAAAGGGGCUCGCGGCCGGCGUCCUACCGGCUAAGGCGUAUGAUCGGGAUUUCAACUGUGACUUGUCGCAGAUUCCCAGCUUUUCUAGUCUCCCGGAAACAUAUUAA